GUGGGCUCUGUCCUGCCCCAGGGCCUUUGCACAUGGUGUUUGCAGUAGAGAAUUGCACUGUCCAGCUGUCCCCAAGGCUCCCUUCCUCACAGUCUCUGCUUGUUACCGACGACAUCUCCCCAGCCCACCUUAUUGAAAAUCGUACCCUCGUUUUCAGCUCCCUUCAUUUCCACCACAGAGCUCCCCCACUCAAAGGCAUGCCCCUGAGGGCAGGCUCGGGGGAAGGUGCCAAGCUCAGGGUGGAUGAAUACCGGAUGGAUGACUGGCCCAUGGUGAGGAGUGAAUGAAUGAAUGAGUGAAUGAAUGAAUGGCCUGGAACAGGGUCUGCUGUGGAGCAGGCACCGGGCUAACAACACACCUUGAGUGAGUGGGUGAGAGAACAGAAUGGGGCCUGGCACACAGCAUGAACGCUCAUUCAGAGUGGCACACAGUAGGUGCUCAGUGUAUGUGGAGAGCAGAGUCAUGGCUGCCAGAAACUAGGUGGUGCGUGGCUCUCCAGCUCUGUCCUGCUCCGUCCAGUCCCAACCACUUCUACCCGCAGCCCCUGGAAGCAGAGGCCAGCUCAGUGCACAGCCUGGAGAGGCAGGUGCAGGAGCUGCAGCAGCUGCUGGCGGAGAAGCAGGAGGAGAAGGAGAGCCUGGGCCGGGAGGUGGAGAGUCUGCAGAGCCGCCUGUCCCUGCUGGAGGUCCCCGAUAUCCUGUGUGUAACUUCAAAGUACAUCGAUGAGGAGAAAUGA